AUGGCCAUCACCAGCAAGGCUGCGGCAGCUGCCGUUCUCCUGCUGCUCGUCGCAGCUGCCGCCGUUGUGCCGGCGUCGGCCAGUACCCUGACGGCGUUCUCUGGCCCGGGAUGCGCCGGGAGAACUAAGGACGUCAACGGCUGUGGGUGCUUCGACAUCAGCGGGUACCAUGGAGGGUUCCACUUCGUGUUUACUGAGGGCCAGGAUGCCACGCUGUACACGGGCUCCUACUGCGAUGGCAACUCCGUCUCCCUCUACAAAGAGACCCGCCGAUGUGAACGCAACAAGUUCAAGAGCAUCUAUAUGGUCUGCUGA